AUUCAAGCUAAUCAAUUUGUGCAACUAUAUAUUUUCUGGAAACAAGAUUGAACCUAGUCUGCCCUUACUGACUUUUAGUUGUUAACCAUCUUAUGGGUUAGAGAGAUUGUCAGAUUGAUGUUGCUUACCUUUCUUGAUAGAUUGCUUGCAUUGAUGGUGAUCACAUUUCUUCCAUUGCUAGACAUGUUCUGUCAUUCCAAAUUCAACUUAAGUAUGUAAUGUUCAGAAAUUUAAUCCAAUGGAACUUUGCUGAUAGUUUGCAACAUUAUGUCAACCAACAGUUUGUUCUGAGGUCUGAAGUAAUGAAUAUCAAAACCUAAAAAUUUAUAUCAGUGUGACUUAAAUAUUGCAUACCAUCUAAAGUCCAAACAGUAAUUGCCUUCAUAAAAAAUUCAAGAGUAUCAGCUUCGGCAAGGGGUACUCUGAACAUGGCAUUGGUAAGGGCUGCAAGGAGUAGCUUAAGGCGUUCCGGAGGUGCAAUUGGCAACUAUGCAAGUGAUAGAAACAUAUUCUAUGAAGGCAUUUCACCAUUGAGACACCCCGCACCUGUUCUUGAAAAUGCUGCAGCAGGUUUCAAUUCAUCAUAUAUUCCAAGCAUGCAGAUGAUAAAUCAAUUAAGUUGUGGGAACAGAGGAAUGAAGUUUACCCCUCAACAUCAGCUUGCACAUGCACAAGCUCAAAUGGUUGAGGAUUCUGAUUCAGAGUGUGCAAGCUCCAAGUAUCCAACACUUGAAGCAACAAAAGAGGGCGAAAAGCCUAGAGUGGUUGUUCUUGGCUCUGGUUGGGCCGCUUGCAGGUUCCUCAAAGGGCUCGACACUAAGUUGUAUGAUGUUGUUUGUAUAGCACCAAGAAAUCAUAUGGUCUUUACACCUUUGCUUGCAUCUACUUGUGUUGGAACAUUGGAGUUUCGAUCAGUUGCUGAACCAGUUAGCCAGAUACAGAAAGCACUGUCAAAGGAUCCAAAUUCAUAUUUCUUCCUAGCAUCCUGCACCAGUAUUGACUCUGAUAAACAUGAAGUGUGCUGUGAAACUGUUGACGAUCAUGGAGUCUCUCACAAGCCUUACAGAUUUAAAGUUGCAUAUGACAAGCUUGUCAUUGCUUCUGGAGCUGAACCUUUGACCUUCGGCAUAAAGGGGGUGAAGGAACAUGCCUUCUUUCUCCGUGAAGUACAUCAUGCCCAAGAAAUCAGGAAGAAGCUUCUUUUGAACUUGAUGCUCUCAGAAAAUCCAGGCAUUUCAGAAGAAGAGAAAGAGCGCUUGUUGCACUGUGUUGUGAUUGGAGGUGGCCCUACAGGGGUUGAAUUCAGUGGGGAACUAAGUGAUUUUAUCAUGAGAGAUGUACGCCAACGUUAUGCUCAUGUCAAAAACUACAUUCAAGUAACCCUCAUUGAGGCUAAUGAGAUUUUGUCUUCAUUUGAUGUUGGAUUGCGGGAAUAUGCCACAAAGCAUUUGACCAAGGUUGGUGUCCGACUUGUUAGAGGUGUUGUAAAAGAAGUACAUCCAGAUAAAAUAGUUCUCAGUGAUGGAAGUGAUGUUCCAUAUGGCCUUCUCGUAUGGUCUACUGGGGUUGGUCCUUCUGAAUUUGUUAAAUCACUAAAUCUUCCCAAGUCUCCUGGUGGAAGGGUUGGAAUCGAUGAAUGGUUGCGAGUUCCUUCUGUAGAAGAUGUGUUUGCACUAGGAGAUUGUGCUGGUUUUCUUGAACAGACUGGAAAGCCGGUGCUUCCGGCUCUUGCUCAGGUUGCUGAAAGGCAAGGGAAGUAUCUUGUUCAAGUGUUCAACAACAUUGGGAAACAGAAUGGAGGCAAAGCUCUCUCUGCCAAAGACAUCUCUUUAGGAGAUCCAUUUGUUUACAAGCAUCUUGGAAGCAUGGCAACUGUGGGGCGUUACAAGGCUCUCGUUGAUCUCCGCCAAUCUAAGAAUGAGAAGGGCGUCUCGUUAGCAGGCUUCCUGAGCUGGUUUAUUUGGCGCUCUGCAUAUCUUACUCGAGUUAUCAGCUGGAGGAACAGGUUUUAUGUGGCUAUGAACUGGGGAACAACGUUAGUAUUUGGCAGAGAUAAUACUAGGAUAGGAUAAACUAGCAUUUCUAGUCGGGAUUUUCAUGUUUUU